UUCGAAACUGAGGGGAAUUAGGGUUUACGAGAAGGGAAGCGGAGGGAAACGGUGUUUUGUUUGAUUCCAUCUUAUUCCUUUGAGACAUGGAGGUGAUCUCUCUUUCUCCAUUGGGUCGUAUUCUGAGUUCGCUGGAUCGUAACUCUAAAAGGGAGUCGGAGUCGAAAGAGAUGCCACCUAUUUGUCACAAAUGUGGCGUUACUGGUUACCCCCAGCUCUUUCUUCGUUGCAGGGAGUGCAGAACUUCUGUUGAGCAUAUAUAUUGCCUUACUGAAUUUCCAAUAGUCGAGAAAAGUGGUUGGAUUUGUGAACUAUGUAGACCUAGAUCUUUCAACAUAACCAAUGAUGAUUCUGAACACAUUGAACAGCAGAUACAUUCUGACAGUAAUCUGAGCUCUCAAAAUAAAAGACAGAAGUCUAGUCGUGGCAAGUUCGUUCCUUACACAGAGAAUAAUACGAUUGUGAGGGAAGUCAGUCUGUAUACAUCUCCAGAUGAGGGCGAAGGUAGGAAAUCAAAACGACGAAGAUUGAUUUUAGCAGAUGAGGACUCCCUUGACCAGAAACUUCAACCUGAUCAAGUUCUAACCGAGGAAGCUACAAAAUUACCAUCUGGACAAAUUUUGGCUUCACCACCAUUGCCCACUGUUUCUUCUGAUGAAGUCACAAUUGGGUCACGGAUUCUUGCACAUAAAACUUCUACUUCUGAACCUACAGUGCAAGAAGAGGUCCAAGAUGAUUGUGCUGGUCAUGCUCAAACCAAGAAAGCUUCAGAGCUACCGUCUGAGCAAGUAUUGGCUUCAUCACCAUUGCACACAGUCUUCUGUGAUGAAGUAACAAUUGGGUCUCAGAUUGAUGCACGUAAAACAUCAACUUCUGAAGCUGCAGUGCAGGAAAAGGUCCAAGAUAAUCAUUCUCCAACCAAGAAAGCUGCCGAGCUAUCAUCUGAACAAAAUUUGGCUUCACCUCCAUUACAACACACUGUUUCCUCCGAUGAAAUCACAAUUGGGUCUCGGAUUGUUACGCAUGAAGAAGUAUGUACUUCUGAAGCAACAGUGCUAGAAAAGGUCCGACAUGGUCAAUCAAAUGAACAUCUUUAUUCAAUUGCACAACCCAUUGCUGGUCAUGUAUGGAGGGGAUAUAUAUCUUUUGGAGAUGACAAAUAUGGUCCAUUAACAGCACAUUUGUCAAGUAUGGCAUGUCAAAGGGUAUAUCGCGCUGCGAAGCUAUUGCCAUCAGUUCUUCACAUGGAAAGGCUUUCAAGGCUUGAAUUUUGUCCUAGUAGUUUCAAGAAUUCUCCUCCAACUGAUGAAAAAAUUGGUCUCUAUUUCUUACCGGGAGGCAAAAUGAUUGAACCCAUGUGUGAUCAUCUAGUUGAUGAUGCGAUUCAGAAGGAUCUUUUAUUUAAGUGUAUGCUCGGUGAAGUUGAGCUGCUCGUCUUUUCCUCUACGAUAUUACCCAGACACAGCCACAGAUUUCUUGGGAAGUACUAUCUCUGGGGAGCGUUUAGAAGGAGGCAAGCUUUAAUAUCUACUUCAUCUGCUGACAUUCGUCCAAAGCCAACUGAAGCAAGAGAAGGGAUUCAAAUGACGGAGGUAUCUAUUGAGUAUGCAGGAGAUGAAGAAGAGGGUUUAAAGUCAAACAAAGCGGAAGAGGAGAUUGAGAGGAUUAAGGCAUCUAAUGAGCGUUCAAGAGAUAAAGAAGAGUUUUCAAAGGCAAGUGGCGCACGAGAAGAGAUUCAAAGGAUGGAGGCACAUAAUGAGCAUUUAGGAGACGAAGAGGGUGAAUCCCUUGAUGGAAAAUCUCCUGAUUACUCAACAUCUCCACAUUCUGUUUUAGAGCAUCCCACCUCGAAUGAGAAUAAACUCACGAAUGAGAUUCCGAGGUCGAAGACAUCAUCUAUUUGUCCAGGAGGCGAGAAAGGGAUCAAAACUGAUUAUAAGAAGCCGGUAGAACUGGAAGAGGGUGAAAUCUGUGACAUGGAGGGUGAAACUGAUUACAAGGAGCCGGAAGAACUGGAAGAGGGUGAAAUCUGUGACAUGGAGGGUGAAAAUUCUGAGGAAUUUGAUGAUGAUGAUAAAUAUUUGCAGUUGUUUCCUCAAGCAGGUGAGGAUAUGGGCAUUGUUGCUGAGGUUGGAAGCCUUAGCGAGUUGAGCCUACAGCUUGGGCUGAAUUCACGGUAGUGUAGUUUGUGCAUAAAGCAAUGCAAUUUUGCAGAAUUCUAUGUUUCUCGUCAUGUAAUAUAUUUGAUAGAUUAGUGGCUGAUGCGUGUUCGUUAGCGAAACUAGGUGCCACUUUUUUUUUGUUAUUAUCAUACUCCCUUUAAAAGUACAAGCUUGG